AUGGAGUGCGAUAUAUGCAUGCGAGACUUCGGGGGCAGGCGACAACCUCUCUGUGUUUCCUGCGCUCAUGCGAAACUCUACGGGCCUCGAGUGCAGCAGGCUGGCGCUCUCCUCGAGCGAGAACAUUCACACCGACACGCCGAUGCAGUGAUCCGACCUGGAAAUGAUGGCGUGUUGGCUGCACUGCCGGAGGAUGUUGACUUUGACGCUAUCACUGCGGGUAUGAAGAAACACAGUCACGAUCGAGCCCAAGCCGAGCGCCAGUCGACCGAGAAUCGAGUCAACGCCAUCGUGAACAAAGCCGAGGAGUUGAAGAGCGAGAUGCAGGCUUACAAGAGCAAGACUGAGAUGCAAAAGGAGGACCUCGAACGUCGUCGCAAAGUCCUUGCAACUGAACGUCAAGAGCACGAGAAGCAGAAGCCCAGGACCAUAGAGCCUGUCCAGACUGUGACCAGCAAGACUUCGCAAAGAUUGGAGAGAACACACAACCGGAUCGUGGACUGCAGAGUUCUCCUGUGUCGCGAAGCAGCAACCUCGAGCAACCUCCAGCGUCGGAAGGGCGCCAAGGGCAGAUCCGAAUAUACCUUGGGUGGGCUCGUUGUCCCUGACUUGAGGGAACUCAACAUCAGAACUCAGCCCUCCAACAAGGCUGCGUCUGUUGGUGGUAGAACAGUCGCAGAACCCCACGACUUGGUCUCUGAAGCACUCGACAACGUGGCCCGUCUUGUCAAUCUGACGGCUCACUACCUUUCGGUGCGACUGCCUGCAGAAAUCAUUCUCCCACACGAGGACUUUCCCCGCGCAGUGAUCAUGACAGAGAAGUCGUCAUACAAGUUCAAGAAAGUGCCAUUUCCAGGCGUCUCUGGCAGUCAAUCGUCAAGUCCCGCAGCCUCGCGCAUCAUCGACCAGAAUCAGCCAAGACCUAGAAUGCUUUGGCUAGAUCGGCCGCUAUCGCAGCUGGUAAAAGAUGACCCGAAGGCGUACGGCCUCUUCGUUGAAGGUGUGACGCUUUUGGCGUGGGACAUUGCUUGGCUCUGUAAGACGCAGGGUGUUGAAAGUAUCACCACGUUUGAGGACAUUUGCUCGAUGGGCAAGAACUUGUAUCAGCUUCUUGUAUCUCCAAGUCGUAAAUCAAACCACAAGGGCGCUGAUCAAGACGAGAAAGCCAGAGAGGCACGGCUCGGUAUUUUCUCACACGGCACAGCAAGGCACAAUAUUGCCAGUUCCGAGGGUCUCGACCUUUUCAAGGAGUGGAAGAUGCCCUCCACGUCUCGGCUGGCCGAUAAACUAAGAUCAUACCUUUUGACUGAGAUAUCUGGAGCUGAAUGGGACCUAUUGGAAGAAAGAGAAUGGGACGAGGAACGAGAAGACGAGAAGCCAGUACUCGUCGGUGGGUCUAGACGACCUCAAGAAUCGAAGCAUGUUGCAAUGAGUGUUAUGACUGUCGCUCCUCGCGAAGAUGAUGACGCCUCCGAUUGGAAGCAAAAGGGCAAUAACGGCUGGAUGAAAGUUAGAGGAAGGAAUCAGGCUUCCUAA